AAGCAGUAUUAAGAUAUUUAAAUACUAUUUUACUUAAUUUUGUUAACCGACGAAAUUUAAAUCAUUUCCUGAAGCGCAACUAUAGUCAACCGGUGAGAGAAGUAAACUAAAAAUGAGACGUCAUCUGAUGAACAUAUCUAACGGGCACAAGAAUCCGAUAAUAAAUAAUAAUGCCAAUGCCACUGAAUGGAAACAGUUCUCGAAGAAAAUAAUCAGUAUCAAAAAGUGCGAGCCUCUGUUAACUUUAAUCGGGAAUGUUGAUAAGCGCGAUGGGAAGUGCAAAGAAGACAUCGAUAAAAAGAUUUCGAAAGUUUCAAUUGUUUCACCAAAUAAACUACAUGAAGAAUAUAAAAAUUCUCCUUGCAUACCUAAAAAUUUUGAACAAAGCUUUCAUAUACCGAUACACACUAAAAGUGACAAUCCCAAGGACAUCAGCAAUUCUUGGACAGAAAAUAUAACAGCAACACAAAAUGAAGUUGAGGAGAAAAAGAUUUGUGACAAAGAGACUGACCAAAAGAAUAUAAGAAUUAAUGAAAUCAAUAUGCAAAUGCUUUCAAAAUCAUUAUACAAUCAGAUAUUUAAGAACUCUCAUAGUCAAGAGAAGAUAUCAAAUAUAGAAAUACAAUCUAUAAAAAACAAUUUACUGUCUUAUGGGAUAAAAACUGACGAAGCGAGUAGACUACGUGAUGUUGAUAUAAAGAUACCUCCUUUAGAAGGAGACGAUAUAGAGCAACAUUUCUAUAAUAUUGGAAAAGCACAAAUCAAACCUUACAUAAAACUUGUAAAAGACAUUAUGGAAGACAUUCCACCAAUGCCACAACAAUGGAUGUUAAGAGAAGGUUGGACAAGAUAUACUUCCAAUGGAAUAGAAAGCGUAGACCAUCCAUUAGAAGAUGCUGUUAUUUUUGAUGUGGAAGUUUGCAUGAAGGAGGGUCCUUUGCCAACAUUAGCAACUGCAGUAAGCAAUCGGGCAUGGUAUGGUUGGGUAUCAAAAUCUUUAAUAGAUGGUGUAAGCAAGAACUUCGAGGGUAAACAAUUUACUAUGGAUGAAUUAAUUCCAAUAGAAAGUAAAGCCACUGAACAUGGAGAGAAGUUAAAUUCUUUUCAUAAAAAGCCAAAAAUUAUGAUUGGCCACAAUGUAUCAUACGAUAGGAGUAAAAUUAAAGAGCAAUAUUGGUUGAAACAAACAGGUUUACGAUUUGUCGAUACAAUGUCGCUUCACAUAUGUGUUGGUGGCAUUAAUAGCUACCAGAGAACUAUUUUAAAUUCCAAGAACGACACGGAUGAAAAAUGUGACUUAAAAAUGCAGACUUCGUUAAAUAGUUUAACAGAGAUUCACAAAUUUUAUUGUGGAUUCGAAGUGAACAAAGAUUUUAGAGAUAUAUUUGUGAAUGGUUCGUUAGUAGACAUUAAGAAAGACUUCAACUCUUUGAUGGUUUAUUGCGCAAAUGAUGUGAUCGCUACUCACAACGUGCUGUGCCACUUAUUCCCAAUUUUUGAAGAAAGAUUCCCUCACCCUGUUACUCUGGCGGGGAUGUUAGAGAUUGGUACAGCAUAUUUACCCAUAAAUUCUAAUUGGCAAAGAUACAUAAACGAGUCAGAGUCAACGUUCGACGAUCUGAACUAUGAAACUAAGGUGACUCUUACUAAAAGAGCCAAUGCUGUUUGCGAACUUAUGCAUGAUGAAAAAUAUAAAGAAGACUUAUGGAUGUGGAAUGAAGACUGGAGUACACAAACACUUAAAGUAAAAGCACAAUAUUCUAAAACUAAUAUUAAGAAAAAGUGCCUAGUAAAAAACGUACAAGAAGAGAAAAGGACAGAAGCUCAGAGUUACUUAACAGAUGACGAAGAGGAAGAGGAUCCUCUGGAGAAGAAGUUCGCCUACCUGAUGGAGACGAGAAAAUUUUUACCUUCGAGACUACCUCAUAUGCCAGGGUAUCCCGCGUGGUAUAGAAAACUUUGUCCUAAAGUAACCGAUGAGAACUGGUCGCCAGGUCCGCAGAAUAUAAGCAUCUCUAUGCAAAUUGUUCCCAAACUCCUAAAUCUUACAUGGGAAUGCUUUCCUUUACAUCAUAUUAAGGACAAAGGAUGGGGAAUUUUAGUGCCGUACAGUAAUGAUUUAAAUAUCGACACUAAAGUGCCUUUGAAACAGCUUCUGGCUAAAUGUCCUUUGCUAAAAAAUAUGCGUUCGUCCAAUAAUACAGACUACGCAAUGACGACUCUCGAUAAAGAGGUGGAGAUCGACCUGCCUAAAACUGAAUUCUGGUAUGGCAAGAAAAAACAGCCUAGAGAUGAAUUAGUAAAUAUUUACAAUGGCAGCGCGCAUUGGUGUGACGUGGACAUCGAUAAUUGUUGUUACUUUCUGAAAUUACCGCACAAAGAUGGGAAAAGUUAUAAUGUCGGCAAUCCGUUGGCUAAAGAUUUUCUUAAUAAAUUUUCCGAACACGUCCUGGCUGGCUCGGAUGCUAGUGCAGCAGAAAUAUUGAAGAUCGCUAGUAUGUUGUCGUACUGGAGGAACAACAGGGAUAGAAUUAUGUCGCAGUUUGCAAUCUGGUUCGAAGAUUCCCAUCUGCCAAGCACUGUUAAAAAUACAAGAAGAAGAAUGCAGUACGGGUCAAUUUUACCCAAGGUAGUCGUUUGCGGAACAUUAACUAGGCGAGCGGUGGAGCCCACUUGGAUGACUGCUUCCAACGCUUCCGAAGAACGCGUCGGUUCGGAAUUGCGAGCAAUGAUUCAAGCGCCGCCAGGAUAUAAUUUAGUCGGCGCCGACGUUGACAGUCAAGAAUUGUGGAUUGCGUCUAUGAUAGGAGAUGCUUAUUACAAGAAGAUCCAUGGAGCAACGCCUUUCGGAUGGAUGACGCUAAUUGGGACCAAGUCUAAUGAGACCGAUAUGCACAGCGUUACUGCUAAGGCUAUUGGAAUUUCUAGGAAUCAAGCCAAGAUUAUUAACUACGCUAGAAUCUACGGCGCCGGCCAGAGGUUUGCCGAAAGACUGUUGAAACAGUUCAAUCCAUGUAUGACGGACGGCGAGGCGACGUCCAAGUCACGAAAAAUGUUCACCAUGACCAAGGGCAAGAAGAUAUACGAAUUAAAAUCCGAAUGCGUUAACGAAUUGACCGACAAGCAGUAUUCAUCUUACGAAGCGUACAAACUUGCAACGUUGCACGGAAAGACCGUGCAGGAAAUGUUUAAGAAGAGCAAAUGGAUCGGUGGUUCAGAGUCCGCAAUGUUCAAUAGGCUCGAAGAGAUCGCCGGGAGCCCCCAUCCCGUCACACCUUUCUUGAAUUGUCGACUGACUCGUGCUCUGGAGAAUCAGGCGAAUAACGAAAAAUAUCUGCCCACGAAAGUAAAUUGGGUGGUUCAGAGCGGUGCGGUUGAUUUCCUACAUUUAAUGUUGGUCUCGAUGAAGUGGCUGAUGAAAGAUAAUAUACGAUUUUGUUUAUCCUUUCACGACGAAGUUCGGUAUUUGGUACCGUCGCGCUACAAGUAUAACGCAGCGCUCGCAAUGCACAUAACUAAUCUUUUGACGCGGUCUUUUUGCGCUUCGAGAGUCGGAAUGAAAGAUCUGCCGAUGUCGGUGGCAUUUUUUACUUCUGUAGAAGUAGAUACGGUACUACGCAAAGAAUCGGAAAACGAUUGUACUACGCCCUCGAAUCCGCACGGUUUAAAGAAUGGUUACGAAAUAUCACCGGGCGAAAGCUUGGACAUAUGGUCAACCAUUGAAAAAUCGAAAGGAUCUGUAGGUCCGUGGCACGAUGUAAAAAAAGAAUAAAAGAUCGAUUCCAAAGAAAAAUGAAGCCAAAGCUCAAUUAAUCAAACAACAAUUAGUAUAAUUUUGUAAAAUUUAUGUUCCCAUUUACCUUUAAAU